CUGCAGCUUCUAGGACCCAGUUUCUUUUAAUGAUUUAAAACAAAACAAACAAAAAAAUAAAAAAAUUGUGCCUGAAAUGAAUCUUGUUUUUUUUAUAAGUAGCCGCCUGGUUCCUGUGUCCUGUAACAUGCAGGCGCUUGACCCUUGGUGUAGCUUCUGUUCAACUUUAUAUCACGGGAACGGAUUGGUCUGAUUUCUUGGCCUUCAUCUUGAAUUGGCCACACGCAGGAUCCCUGGCCAGUGGACUGGAAGCUUUGUCUAAGAUGACAAGGGUCAGCUCAGGGGAUGUGGGGGAGGGCGCUUUUAUCUUCCCCGUUGUCAUUUGAGGUUUUGAUCUUCUCUGGGUAAAGAGGCCAUUUAUCUUUGUAAACACAAAACAUUUUUGCUUUCUCCAGUUUUCUGUUAAUGGCGAAAGAAUGGAAGCGAAUAAAGUUUUACUGAUUUUUGAGACACCAGCACCUAGCGCUUUCAUUAUUGAAAUGUCCUGAGUGGGAGGGCCGGGUUUGGGUGCGGCCAGCAGCUUGACUCUCCGGUCGGAGGCCCACGUGGCCGGGGCGGGGACUCGGGCGCCCGGGGCGCCGACUGAUUACGUAGCGGGCGGGGCCGGAAGUGCCGCUCCCUGGUGGGGGCUGUUCAUGGCGGUUCCGGGGUCUCCAACAUUUUUCCUGGUGGUGGUUCUAAAACCGUCCGCAGCGGAGGCACCGGAGCUUGAGGUUCUUGCUGCUGUGAAAUGACCGAGUACAAACUGGUGGUGGUUGGAGCAGGUGGUGUUGGGAAAAGCGCGCUGACAAUCCAGCUAAUCCAGAACCACUUUGUAGACGAAUAUGAUCCCACCAUAGAGGAUUCUUACCGAAAACAGGUGGUUAUAGAUGGUGAAACCUGUCUAUUGGAUAUACUGGAUACAGCUGGACAAGAGGAGUACAGUGCUAUGAGGGACCAAUACAUGAGGACAGGGGAAGGCUUCCUCUGUGUAUUCGCCAUCAAUAAUAGCAAGUCAUUUGCAGAUAUUAACCUCUACAGGGAACAGAUUAAGCGAGUGAAGGACUCAGAUGAUGUACCUAUGGUGCUAGUAGGAAACAAGUGUGAUUUGCCAACAAGGACAGUUGACACAAAACAAGCCCAUGAACUGGCCAAGAGUUAUGGGAUUCCAUUCAUUGAAACCUCAGCCAAGACCAGACAGGGUGUUGAAGAUGCCUUUUACACACUAGUAAGAGAAAUACGUCAGUACCGAAUGAAAAAACUCAACAGCAGUGAUGAUGGGACUCAAGGUUGCAUGGGGUUGCCUUGUGUGGUGAUGUAACAAGAUACUUCUAAAGUUCUAGCAUCAGAAAAGAGCCACUGUCCAGCUGCACUGACGCCCUGGUCCUGACUUCCCUGGAGGAGAAACAAGUAUUCCUGUUGCUGUCUUCAGUCUCACAGAAGUUCCUGCUACUUCCCGACUCUCCAUAGAUCAGUACCACGUUCUCUAUCUGAGAAGUUCUCAGAGUAACUACCUCCUCACUUGGUUGUCUGACCAGAGAAAUGAACCUCUUGUUACUCCCCAACAUUUUUCCACUCUGGGUUCUCCCCAAACACCUCUGCCACCACAGGUUUUUCAUCUGAAAAGCAGUUCGUGCUCUGAAACAGAGAACCAACCACACUGUAGACGUGAAAUUCUCUAGAAAACAAUGUCUUGAGCUCUAAUGUAGCAAAUGCUGGUGAUUAUCUUUUUUUUCUUUUUACUUGGAACUUGGAACUAUAUUUUUUUGGGGGGGGAAUGUCAUAAAUUACUGUUCUGCUGAGAAUAUAGUUAAUGUUGAUGUUUGGUUUGUUUAUAAUGUUAUCGGCUAUAAACUGGCAUCUGCUCUGUAUUCGUAAAUACAGAGGUGAAUACAGACUUUGGAGUCUCUCCUACCCUUCUCGACUUCCAUGCAAUUAAAUCUAACUUUCACAAUGAAGUGCCUUUUUCCUAGAAGUGGUUUGUAUACUUCAGUGGAGUGGAUGUUUAAAAAACCAUGACACGUGGAAAUGAAUGUCUGAGUUAUGUCCGUGACCUCUGCCUUUGAGGGAAGAUGUGCCGAUACACUAGCAGAUGCCAUUUCUUACCUACAUGGGGUUGGCUUUUACCUGUUCUUAGGUUCUCCCAAGAGAAAGUUGAAACUGGAAACAAUUAUAUUUCAUUUGUUUUUUUA